GCGUGCUCUCACGCCACCGUCGUCGCCUCUCCGCCCGCACCGCCGCUCGCGUGCUGCAGGCAGCCCCCCCCGGGUAGCAUGCUGGCGGGGCCGCUCCCCCUGGAGGCGGUGGUGCAGGCCGAGCGCGCGCCCGGGCCCGCGACCGCCGAGUCAGCGGCGGCGGCAGCAGACGGCGGGGUGCGGUGAGCCGCCUCGUCCGUCGUGAUCCUGGGGGACGCGCGGCGAGCUCGCUCAGCGGGGGCGGCAUGCGCGCGGCCGGGCUCGUCAACAUCCUGCUCACGGGCGUCUGCCUCACGCCGGACUACAGCAAGGACAGGCUGAAUAACACCCUCAAGCGCGAGGUAGAACUUCUGAAAGAUGGCCCGCCACCGCAGGACGUCUGCCUCAUUCCCGGGAAUGAGGUCAAAAACAUACUUGUGGGGAAGAAGCUCACCAUUGCGACGUGGGAGGACUGGCCGACAAGCGGGACCAAGAAGAACGAGCGCGGCGAGAGGGUUGGGGACGGCUUCGCGUUCGAGUUCGUCGACAUCCUCCGCGACAAGUUCCGCUUCUCGUACGACAUCAUCACGCCGGAGCAGAACGUCCUGGGCGACGCCCACACCGGCAUCCUGAGCCUGCUCUACCAAAAGCGGGCGGACAUGGCGGCCGCCCUGCUGCCCGUCACGCCGACCACGCUCAAGCUGGCCCAGCCCUCCAUCUCGCUGGGCGAGACCGAGUUCGUCAUCCUGAUGGAGCGGCCCAGGGCCUCGGCCAGCGGCUCCGGACUCCUGGCGCCCUUCACGGAGACGGUGUGGUACCUGAUCCUCGUGUCGCUGAUCCUCGUCGGGCCCGUCAUCUUCGUCAUCAUCAAGAUCCGCAACCGGCUGCUGCGCCGGCGCCGGCCACUGCUCAUGCCCGAAGACCCCGCCGGCAUGGAGCUGGAGGACUACUCGCUGCCCGCCUGCGUGUGGUUCGUGUACGGCGCCCUCAUGAAGCAGGGCUCCACGCUCAGCCCGCGCACCGGUCAGUACCCGCACCCGCCUUCAGUGCACUUCAGCGGCGGACCGGCGUUCGGUUCGACCUGAAAGGCUCCCCUCUAUACAACCGUCGUCGCGCAUCACUAUUAUUGAUAACGUUGUCGGCGAUGUUCUGAUAAUGUGUUGCUGCAAAUGGGCGUGAAGUGUGCCGCCGCCGGCUGGGGUGGGGCUGCGCAGAGAGUCGUUUGUAGUAUUGUCUCCAGGCUUGGCGCCUGUGUGUAUAACGCGUGUACGACGAGCCGAUACACAUCAACACGGGCUGUGCGUUGAAGCACUGACUGGUAAAGUACCGCC